AUGUUCUACCAUGGUUACGACAACUAUAUGGAGCGAGCCUUUCCGGCUGAUGAAUUGAUGCCACUGUCCUGCAAGGGCCGAGUUCGAGGUCGCGACAAGAGUCGUGGGGACAUUGAUGAUGCACUGGGGCACUUUUCUCUAACUUUGAUUGAUACGCUGGACACGCUCGUCAUCUUGAACAACAUUACCGAGUUUAAACGGGCCAUCGGACUGGUGGAGCAGCACGUGAAGUUUGAUACUGAUGUUGUUGUCUCCACCUUUGAAACCAACAUUCGCGUCUUGGGUGGCCUCUUGGCCGCCCACGCCCUAAUGCUCGACCUGCGCGGCCAACCUACCUACCGGGAAUUACUGGCCAGCUACGAUGAUGGUCUCCUCAAGCUCGCCGUGGACUUGGGCGAUCGUCUCAUGAAGGCCUUUGACACACCCACCGGCAUCCCCUACAGCAAAAUCAAUUUGCGCCAUGGUGUGACACCUGAGGUCCGCAGCAGCGAUGUCACCUGUACAGCCUGCGCUGGCACGCUGAUCAUGGAGUUUGCCGCACUCAGCCGUUUUGCCGGCAACCCCGUCUAUGAACAAGCCGCUCGUCGCGCGCUUGAGGCCAUUUGGAUUCGCCGAGGCUCCCCCAGCGAUCUUGUGGGUACCACCAUCAACAUCAGCAGUGGUGCAUGGCAUCGCACUGAUGCCGGCGUCGGUGCCGGAGUCGACUCGUACUACGAGUAUCUGUUCAAGGCUUUUAUGCUACUGGGAGAUCAAACGUACUUGCAGGUCUUCAACACUCACUACUCGGGAAUUAUGAAGCACCUGCGCCGUGGCCCCUUUCUGGUGGACACUCACAUCCACAAACCCCAUGUCCUGAGCAAAAAGUAUAUGGAUGCUCUACAAACCUUUUUCCCCGGACUUCAGGUGCUCAAGGGCGACUUAUUGCCGGCCAUCGAGACCCAUCGGAUGUACUUUGAUGUCUUGCAACGACACAAGUUUUUUCCCGAAGCCUUCUUUUCUGACUUUCGAGUUAACUGGGGCAACUCCCCGCUGCGGCCAGAAUUUGCAGAAAGCACGUAUUUCCUGUAUACAGCCACCGACGACCCCGCUUAUUUGGAGAUUGGUGAAGAGUUGAUCUCGCGGCUCAACUCGCACGCCCGCGUGACCUGCGGGUGGGCCGCCAUCAAGGAUGUCCGCGUCCUCUCACAUGAAGACAAGAUGGAUUCAUUUGUACUCGCUGAGACCUUCAAAUAUCUGUAUUUGUUGUUUGCCAAUGAAGAUGACGUGCCUAUUCGGUUGGACGACUACGUUUUUACAACUGAAGCUCAUUUGCUACCCACCAAACUAGCAAAUGUGGACAUGGAAUAUGAACCACCUGUCGGGAAGACGCCUGGAACGACUUUGUCUUUCUGCUUUUAUUCGAUUGAGCAUGCCUCAUGUUUGUUUGGUUUUUGUUCUUAUCUCGCUGCUAUGCUCGUUUCUAAAAACUCUUCGCUCAUGCCGGGUUUAGGUGGUCCGAACAUUGUACGUGCGUCCGCACGGGGUACGGUUACCAUCUCGCCGGCCGAGCUUGACCUGUCCAACGAGGAACACAUUGCAUACCUAUACAGCGUGGGCAUCACGGUGGAGAAUCGCCAGCAGGAGAUCCGCUUGGUGCACGACAACUCUGGGGAUCGGGAUCCGACAGGCGAAGGGUUUCGUUUCAUUCGUGCGCUCAUGCAGUACAAUCAGCAGGUGGAGCAGGGGCUGCAGCGUGGCUGGGUGGGCGUUCGCUUUCGCGGUGCGCUUGUUGACGACUUGAGUGGGAUGUUCAAGGCUGGACCAGCAGCAUUUGGGCCACGCAUUGGUGGCCGGGGCGUGACGGUUUACGGCCAGGCGGUGCUUGCCGAGCCCUUGACGGGUUGCACCAGCCUGCCGCCGGCCAAGGGCGCCAUUUUGGUGGUGUCGCGAGGUGAUUGCAUGUUUGUGGAUAAAGUGCGGCAUGCCGAGGCUUCAGGUGCCGUCGGCGUCCUCGUCAUUGACAAUGCUCCCCAGGAGGACGACGAACCGAGCUUGUUCACCAUGAGUGGUGAUGAUGGGCCCGACCCCGCCAUUCCGGCGGCGUUUUUGUUUCGCAACCUGGGCCAACGGGUCGUGCAGCACCUGUACGACGGCCACGACUUUACCAUCAGGCUUGAUGCUUGGCAUGAUAAGACCUCUAGCUGA